AUGGAGACCAGUUUUAUUCCAGAAAGAACAUUUCCUGGCGAUUCUCCACUUCAGGAUACAAUAAAAAUAUUUAAUAGAAUCAUGAAAUAUCAUUCUCCAAUUUCUUUUUUUGUCUUUCACCCUCCAAAUAUUUCUGAUCCUAUAGAAUUAAACAAUUUCAACAAAAUGAUUAAUAUUAUACAGAAUUUGCCAAAUACUUUGCAUGUUCAAAUUUGGCUUAAUGGAUAUUUGGAAGUAAGUGAGAGGGAUAUGGAGGGAGAAGAGGAGGAAAUAAGGAGGUAGAGAGGCAUUUAAGGAUGGAUGCAAUGAGGGAGUGUGCAGGGAGGGAGUGUGCAGGGAGAGAGGGAUGUUGUGAUGGAGGGAUAAGUGGGGAAGCAGGAAGGUAGGGGAAAAGAAGCAGGGAGAGAGAGGGAGGUCGGGGGGGGG